AAAGUAACUUUGAAUGCUCGUAGCAGUGAGGACCGUAGAGAAGGUGGUGAUCAUCAUGUCCAAACCAAAGUCGGAAUCCCAAAACUCUCAAGCCGGUAAAGCCCAUAAGCAGACCACUUUAGCUGGCUUCUUUUCCAAACCCGUCACAAAGUCUAAACCCUUGGUACCUCCUGGUCUUGUCCAAUCUCCUUCCACCUCUUCUUCAGCUGGCGGACCAUCCAACUCUUCACCUAUCUCUGCUACUCUUCAAACCCCUACGUCGGAAAUGGGCAGCUCUCCCCUCACUGCUCGACCUGUCAACUCCAUACAUCAAGGCAAAGGUGUCACUCAAAAGCGACGAGCCGAAAGUCCUCUCAAGACUUCUUUCGUCAUUGAUGAUGAGGAUGAGCAGAUACCUUCGCACUCGUUGCUACCCGUUCGAAACCAGCCUGUAGAAUCGGUUGUUCGUAUUGAGGAGAAGGACGAAGCAGGAAUGAGAAUGGAUUUGGACGAUGAUUCUCCUGUACUCAUGCGCCGCCGUGCAAGUAAACGAAAGGUGUUAUAUACCGAACCAGACUCUGACGCUUCUUCUGGUGAGGAUAUCAGGAAGAAGGGUAGUAGCUCCGCUCCUAGUAAAAAGUCCAGAGGUAGAAAGAGUUUGAAAGUCGAUUCUGACUCUGAUGACUUUCAACUCGACUCAGGAGACGAUGAAGCUAUGCUGGCUGCGGCUGAGGAAUACG